AUGGCUAUAGUGAUUCCUAAUACAAAUUUUUCGUUACGCUUUUCUUUGACAUAUUUGAAAGUGCUUGGCUUGUGGCCCUCCGUAGGAAUUUCGGGAUGGAAGAAAAUUCUUUUCUAUACCUAUUCUUUAUUUAUCUUUAUGUUAAUUUUGGGUACAUACAUAGCGAUCCAGCUGGUAGACCUUUGGCAGAACUGGGGGAAUCUGUCAUUGAUGACGUCAAUCGCCUUUGUGUUGUGCACUAAUCUCGUACACUGUGUGAAGAUCUUCAACCUGCUGGUAAGGAGGCGUCGUAUAGAACAUAUCAUCGACCGAAAUGACUAUGUCCUAAAAAAUGCUACUGGACAGCAGAAGGUCGACAUCAUUCGAAGUUGCAAUCGGGGAACAACUCUUCAUCUGAUGACCUUUCUUACCCUCACAACAGUGACUCUGAUAGGUUUUGCGGUGGGACCGGCUCUUGAGUCUCAGAACUUACAGUUGCCACUGCAGGCCUGGUAUCCAUACGAUUGGAGUAAAUCUCCGGCCUAUGAGCUGACAUACUUGCACCAGAUAUGUGCCAUUUAUGCGGCGGCCUGUCUGAACAUCAGUAAAGAUAUGGUGGUGGUAUCAUUACUAGCACAGUGCCGUUGCAGAUUCAAACUUGUAGGAUGCGAUCUCAAAACUCUUUGUGUGGAUAUGAGUCCUGGAACGAUGCAACGUAUGUCGCAAGCACAUGAUUUGAUGGUACAGGCCAGACUUAAUAAGUGUAUUCGCGAGCAUCAAGAUAUCUUAGACUCACUGAAUGAGCUACAACGCUGCUUCUCAGAACCCACCUUCGCACAGUUCACCGUCUCACUCGUCAUCAUUUGCUUUACCGCAUUUCAGCUCACUAAGCAAAUCGGUAACUUUGUCAGAAUGGCUUCCAUUGCAACAUACCUUUUAAAUAUGAUGGAACAAAUUUUUAUUUAUUGUUAUGAAGGAAACGAACUGGCAGUAGAGAGUGAGAAUGUUGCCCGUUCUGCGUACGAGUGGCCAUGGUAUACGUGCAGCGUGCGUGUGCAUCGGUCAACGCUGAUCUUAAUGACGCGUUGUGGCCGGACUGCUAAGCUGACUGCUGGGGGAUUUACUUCUCUUUCUCUGGAUUCUUUCAUGAGAAUUUUAAAGGCAUCGUACACAUUUUUUACGGUAUUACGCCAAGUAAGCGAAUAA